AACCCACUCUACUUUCUGACUUACGUUCCCAGUUUACUCACAGUUAGCCGUCACUGCUAAUGGCCAACAUAGCUGUCCAGAUUUAUAAAUAGUUUAGAGGCUGUUUGUUUCAUCUGUCUGACACCUGACACUGGAGGAUCUUUCAGACCCACAUGCUAAGCUCUAGCCCUCAUUCUUCGGCUCCAUGGUGGACACUCUCUGUGGGACAGCUCCUCUAUUUCUGUUCGGUCUCCUGUCCUGAGUUCCAAUGCCUGCUGCUGGUCAGAUCCUCCGAGAUUUCACAGUGGACCCGAAACUGAAUUUGGAUUAUCCUUAGGAAGAGCCUGGAUCUUUCAAAGAGUGAAUGUGUAAGGUGACAGUCCACAACUUGAUCUCUUUUGGGAACGGGGAGUUAAUACACAAUCCCAAAAAUUAUGGAUAAUGAACCAGGAAGGACAGCAGCAGAUUUAAGGAUUAAGUGUGUGGAGCCAAACUGAAAAAGGCAAUGCCUUUGGAGCAAAACCUGAACAGAGGCCCCAAUCUCCGGGUGCAGCAGCUCCACCAGAAGAAACACCGUGAAUCCUUUCGAUCUAUAUUUUCUAUUGAAUGACUCAACAACUGUUUUGGUCUGUAAGUCUGAAUCAUGACCUCAGUGGAAAAACGCCGCUCAAGCAGAAAGAGCGGUGGGCAUAGGAAGCAGAGCGAUGGAGGCUUCAGUGACACGUCGAGUGGAGGUUCCUUCCUAGACGAAACUGAUCGGGAGGUCAGCAGUCUGACAGACAGAGCAUUCAGAAGCCUUUGCAUCGGGGAUGAGGCUAUUUAUAACGACUCUGACCUGAGUUUGUCUUCGCCGAGCACCAACUCAGACAGACAGUUGGCUUUUGGUGGAGAACAAGAGGAGAAAGAAAGAGAGGACCGAAAGAGAGUGGCCCAGAAGAAUUUCAACCUCCGGAUGCAGCAAUAUGGACACGAAUGGAUCACUGGAGGGAUCUAUGGAGCAGAGAUCCACAAAGAUCCGCAGUGGGAGGCUCAUGGGGAUAGGACACUGGGGAUGGUUUCUGCCACAUUCCAGCACGCCUUAGUGGAAACCUCACAGUUGGACAAGUCUCUGAGGGCAGAGAAGCUGUCCUUCCACAGCAAUGGAGCCACAGAGCUACAUUCACAGCAAAGCAGAAGCCACUCUAGAGUUUCUUCUCUCAUUAGAGCAUUUGACACUGACAGGCACAGAGAUGGACCGGGAACAGAUGAUAUGAUUAGAGAGCAGAAUGAUGAGCCAAGUUGGGACAAAUCUGCUCUGAUGAGUAUUCAGAGAGAACUUUCUGAAUUCUCAUGUCAGCAAAAUUUUAAAAGUCAUCAUUUUCAUCCUGCCGGGUCAUUUUCAUGUCGGGAUGCCAACUUCUGUCCCUCUGAAGCAGAAAAAAUGGCCCAAAUAUCUCACAGCUACAUGAAGUCAUCACAGAUUAAACACAGUAUGUCUUCACAAGUGAACUGCAGCUCCAACUUCUUUAUCCAUAGUGAGUUUAGUCCCUUUAAGCUAUGGAGAGAUUAUAACAGGUUUCCUUUCCAGGGAGCAGAAGCCUCAGGCUUUAUGCAUUACUCAGGGUUUCCUAAAUGGUAUCAGACACCAAUGUACAAUGAACUUUCUCUUGAAAAACAAGCCGGUAGUCACUGUAGAGAAAUCAGACACCCGAGGAGCCACCUUGAAUAUCCACGCUCCAUCUCAACAUCCUCUCAGCUUCAGAGACCUUCAGCUGUGGAGAAACGCUGUGAAUCUGAGCUGGCAGUUCAUCAUCAUCACAGGAAGUGGGCACAAAGCCUGGGGACUAACAAACUUCCAACCCAUCGCCCGUCAACUGCGUCGCCCUCAACUGACAUGUCUCGACGUGUCAGAGACACCAUCAGCUCUGUCAAAGCUCUGCAGCAGAAGGUUAAAAUGAUUUCAGAGCAUGAAAUGAGCAACCAACAUGGAGUGUUCAACAGCACUGAAAGCUGGAUUUACUCAGGCAACAAUGCAUUGCCAGUGGGGACUAAUGUUGUCAGCGAUAACACAGUAAGUUCCUUUAGAACUGGUCAACUGCUGACUCCUUCUGUCCAAAAACAUCAGGACACAGAGAUAUCUCAUUUACAACAGUAUGAAGUGUCCCCUCAACCAGUCGAGCAUGCUCCAGUGCGAGCUGAAAGCAGAGGAGCAACUCCAGAGGUCAGGAUGUCCAGCUACAGAUCCCGAGCCUCAAGCCUUCUCUUUAACCUAAAAGACAACAGAAAAAGAGUGAAAAGCACUUAUAGUCCAAACAAAUUUAAAGGCUUUGAUACACUGGAGAAAAACCAACAGCCUUCUAUACAGGAGCCACAUGAAAUUGCAUUCACUGAUUCCAAUAUUCAGUGUCUCCAGCAGGAAAUACCUAGAAGGACAAAUGCUUCUGUAAACAAGUAUCACAUCCCUGGACUAUCACUUACAUCCCAGACUUCUCAUACUGCCAGUGUUAACACAGGCCAAGAUCCAGAAAACACUGAAAUCAAUUACCAGGCAUCACAGAUGCAGGGUCAGAUGGGUUACAGCUCUGGACUCACUAACUCCAUGCCUUCAAGUUACUGCAACAAUCAGUUGUUAGGAAUUGGGCAGAAUCCCAAUCAAUCUCUUGCAGCAUUUACUCCUUAUAGCCAAGAAACAUAUGGAUCUGGAGAAGGCAAGCAGCCUUACUCAGCUAUGGACACAGUAAGACUGAGUGUUGGCAACAACCAGCGCAGUUUAAAUAACACUACAGGAAGGAUGUCCACAAAGGGGGAGAAUCUCAAAGAAAGCAAACUAGAUCACAAAAAUAUGUCCCUGCAGGAUAACUGGAGACAAACAAGCAACCAAAAUACAGAAAGCAACCAAAUCAAAACCAGUGUUUCGCCAAUGAGAAAGAAAACAUGGUCUUUCAUAGACGGCUCAAAGCAGGAAACUCUGGAAGGUAGAGAAACAAAACAGUUAACAGAUGCAAAUUCGAUACAGAAUCACAAAAGAAUUACCAAUCAAUAUGACACAGGCAUAAAAAAUCUUGAUUUUACAUCAGACAAAGGAAUAAACAUGCUAACAGCAGACCAUAUUAAACAAAAUAUACCAGUUCUAAAUGAGAAAAUACAAACUAAAUCGGAUUUUGAGAAGGAAAAUUCAGCACUUUUAAUCCCAGGAAAUGCAUUUACCAACACAAAGGCAAAUCAGGUAAAGGACAUACCGAAUGUGGACAUCACAUGUGAACAGGUUGAGGAACUCCACAUGAAGCCACAAUGUUUUCCAGCAGAGCUAGCCAAGCCCCAACAACAGGCUCAUGAAGGGACACCCAAGAAAGAACAACCUGGGUUUAUUUUAACAGGGCAAACUGGUUUAGAGACUAUCAAAUUACCAAAAUCAGAACCAAUACAGCUGACAAAUAUUAAACAAGUCAAAGAGGAACAUACAAAUACAUUUGAGAAGAAAGAUCAAUAUGGAAAUAAGUUACAAAACAAAUGGAUUAGGCCCAAUGAAGACAAGCAGAUAGAGGAUGAAAAAGAAAUGGUUCGGAAGCCAAAAGACAAGUCAACAAAUAGCACGAAGAAAAUCCCUAAGAUGCUCAAAACAGAACAAGCUGAAACAGAGAAGCUAAAACAGGAAAACAUAAAAACUGAACUGGCAAAGACUGAGACGCCUGAGAGGGUCGGAGCCAACCAAGUUAAAUAUGAUCAGCCCAUUAGCGUGCAAGCAGAGGAAAAACAGCGAGACACAGAAAAAGCUGAAGGAGAGCAGAUGAAAGAGAAGAAAAUCAAGAAUGAAAAAGUGGAAGCAGAACAGAUCAGAUGUGAAGAAAAGGAGCAGAAAAACCAGUCACAAACUGAAACACUAGACAUGAAGCAAAUGGAUGCUGAAGUGCUAGAGGUAAAAAAAAAACAAAUAAAAGGAGAGGAUGUCAGAGAAGCUGGGGAUGAGAAAGAUUUAAGUCAUACAUGUCAAAUUAAUUCAGAGCUGGCUACAUCCUCUACAUGUAACAGUGAACACACAAAGGUACAGAUAAAAGGAAAAUUGGAGCAAAAGGAAUCCAAGCUAUCGAAAACAGAAGACCUGCUCGAGAGGUCAGCUAAACUCCAAGCUCCACAACAAGACAGGCAGGAACCAGACAGAGUGGAGCAAGUUAAGUCAGAGUUAGCUAAAGCCAAAGCAGAGUUAGCCAAAAUAAAAGAGAAAAUGAGAGGAGAGCAAAAAGAAAAGGUUAGAAAUAUUCUUUUUACUGAUGAAGAGGGUACCUUGAAAAACCUUGAUCAUAUACAUACAAAUACUGUUAGUAAUGCAGACAGCAAAAACCAGAACCAUCCUAUAGAAAUGCAAAUCCAUGCAAUUCCAAAUGAUUAUGAACGGCUUAGGGAGAAAUAUGGUUUUACUCAAGCAGUGUCAGCAAACAGCACCAAAGUGUCAGUCACAGAAAAUGUUCUCUCAAAUGAUGUCAACAAGACCGAAGCUGAGUCAGGAAAUAAUUCAAAAUCAGUUAAUGGGCCUUCUUUAAAGAACUUUAUUUUGACAUCACAAACAGAAAAUAAGGAAUGCGUCAGAAGUUUUGGGGGCAAUGAGGAUACAGGAAGUCAGUUUCAACACAAUGAUGCAUUAAAAAAGACACAGUUAUUAAGCUCUCACUCUCACCAAAAAAAAUUGAAGGAUACAUCUAACAAUGUAGCAGAGAAAUUGAAGGAAAACACUGCCCCGAAAUUGGAAAAAAUAAAUGUUUUUAAAGACGUAGCUCCACUGCAAAAAGUAUCUGCUUCGGUUAAACAUGAAAGAAAUUCAAUUGAUCAACGUACAAACUCAAGACUAGAUAUGGCUGUAACUCCACCUAGAGCUUUAUCUCAGAAGGAGAAAGCUCAAACUAAGCAAGAGAUACUGACUUCCAAAAUAAAAGCUCAUGCUGAAAAAGAGAUCUCUGCGAUAAAAGAAAAGACCUUGUCUUUACCAGAAGGUUUUAUUGGUAAAAGUUCCACCAAGCACUUAGCAAACGGUCAAAGUGCUAAUGUUCAGCAGAGGCCUUUUUCGCAGGAGGUGUUUAAGAAGCAAAAAAACGUGGCUUCUAAUAAAAUCACACCAAAGCAUCAAGUGGAGCCCUCAGAGGUACAAAAAGAACCAACCGCAUUUGCUUCAUCUUUGAGCGAUGAUACAGCAGGUCAUGGUGAUUCUGCCGACUGUUUAGAAGAACCAACUAAUCAACUAACAGGGACAAAUGUGAGUAAAGCCUUGAAUGGGCAUAUGGAAAAAGAAGGAAAUCUCAUAGAGACAUCUGAAAAACUGCUGAUAGAAGUCAAAGAGGAAACUCCUUCCAAAACAAAAGAAGACCUAGCACAAAGUACAAGUCUGUCCAAACCAGUGACUGUAGUGGAUACCAAAACUAAAGAAGCAGCUUGCAGUGAGUCAGGACUGGUUGCGAGUCUGAAUAAAAAAGAACCUUCGCUAUCAAAUGACACUGUACAGAUUAUGGGCAUCAUGGUUACUGUAGUAGAAAGAGAACCGAUGCAGAGCACUGGCUCCCUAAAAGACGAUGUGGAAAAACAAACUGCUGCAGCAAAAGUAGAUUGCAAUAAACCAGAGAGAGGCAAAGAGAAUCCCAGCCACAAGGAAGCAGAAGAAGAUAAGCAUACCCUUGUUGAGCAUAAUCGUAUAAAACAUAUGCAAGAAGCUUUAACGUUAGAGGUGAUUGACAAAGAAGUAACAGCUGAAACGACAGAUCUCAGACUUGAUGCAGAACAUCUAAGAAAAAGACAACCUGAGGCAAUGGCUGUAUCAUCCAAAGAUAGACUGUUGGACCAAACUCAACACCAAAGGGAGAAAUUUGUAGAGGAAAGAAAGGAUGCCACAAUUGAAAUAUCAAAGGAAAAAAUGUCAGAAAACUCUACAGAGACAAAAAGAGAAGAUGAUGAAAAGCAACAGAAAAUGCAAAAAACACUUAUAGGUGAAGUGUCUCAUGAAAAAGUUAACAAAGCUGAAAAUAAUUGUCCCGUCAAAGAUGAUACAACUGGUGAAAUCCUUUCCAAAGCCAAAUGUGCACCAACACAAGAAGAUAACAUCUGCCCCUCUUCCUCAUCGAGCUUUUUCAGCUUUGGUAGUCCCAGCAAUAAUCUAGUCUUGAAUGAAACAAAACAUGUGUCUCAGAACCUUCAAUCAAAUGAAAAACACAAUGCGGAGCAUAAUAAGGAAGAUACUAGUGUACAUAUUGGCAAUAUUGCUAUCAGAGUUAUGCCAUCUGGAGGUAAAGAAGAUCAUGUGGGUAUGAUGGAAAAGAUUAAGAUCAAAACCAUUUCUUCAAGUAAGGAUUCUUCCUAUAAACAGUCACAAGUUGCAACAUCUAGUGGAGAAAGAAAAGCAAAGAUUUCAAAUACUGGAAGCUGUUCUGAAAACUCAAUUCCGGCAAAGAGUGCGGAGAGAAUAGAAGACAAUCUGGAAGAAAAAUUAGCUGUACAGUACAUUCUCUCGAGUGUGAGGAAACUGUCUGACACACUGAAGGCAAGUGAUAAACAGAACAAAGAAAAUACAACCAAGGAACAUAUUGAAACUCAAGGCAAAAAGUUUGAUUCAAGUGUACAGCUAAUAGAAGCAGACUAUUUUCAAGUACAAGGGCCAGAAGAGACAAGCGAUAUGUCUCAAAACAAGAUUAGACCUGAAAAUGGUUCAAAGGAAAAGGACAUUCAGCAGUUAUUACCAAGCAAGACAAUGAUCAGCAAUGAACUGCAUGAGGAUCAAAAAAGUGAUGUCUUUGUGUUUACUGUUGAUCAGAGUGAAAGAAAAGCAAAUCAGUCAUUUUUAGCAAAAACUCAAGGGGAAAACUUGACAAGAAAAACAAUGGAAAAUGAAGUUAAUAUAGUUGCUUCGAAACAGACUGAUGGUUCCACGGAGAGUAGAGGUGAUAAAAAGAUGGAAGCAGAGCAAUCUCUCACUACCACAAAACACAAUGAAGAGAAUCGGGUUGACUCCUCUGUGAAGGAAAGGCAUAAUUUAAGUAAUAAACAUUUAAGAAACACACACUUUGCUAAAGAAAAAUCGGAGGUUAAACCAAAACCAAAAGAACGAGUCUGUGCAGUUCCUGAGAUAUCAGCUAUUGCAGACUAUGCCAGGUUAAAGGUAAUUGUUUCAGAGGAUAAAGAAGACCUUCAGAAUCAGCAAUUACCACCAAACAAAAGGGAAGGGUUCUUCCCACUAAUUCAGACCCGUCAUAGCAGAUGUCCUGUGUUUACUGACGACCCACAGGACCGUUCUAUGAAAACCCAAAGCUUGCCAAAUAAGACAGAGAUAAGUGCCACAGCCAAUAAAAAGCCCAAAUCUGUAGGAUUUCCAAUAAUGGAGAAGGAACACAAAAAAACUGGCAUGUUUAAACUAGGAGAUAAAGAAAAGCAAGAAAAACUGAAUGCCAAAAUUAACAUAAGUUCUUUAGACAAAAAUAAAAGUGCUGAGAAUCAAACUGAUAUAAACAAGUCAACCUCAGCUAAGACAGAGCUAUUGGUACAAGCAGCAGAGAGACAUCAAAUGAGUGCAAAUGAAGAACAGCAACAGAGGAAAGCCACACAUGAAGAACAGAGAAGAGUGACGGAGGAGCAGCAAAGGAUGUCUGAACAAGAGGAGCAACAUAGGAAGAUCACAGAAGAAGAGAAUAUCAGACAAACUGCGGAUGAACAACAGGGAAGAGCAGCAGAGGAACAGCAAAUGAAGACUGAACGAGAGGAACAACAGAGGAAGCUUGCAGAGAUCAAACAACGGAAAAGAGAAGCACAGGAGCAGGAACUGAAGGAUGUGCAAUUUGAGGAACAGAGGAGUAUUGCAGAAGAGCAAAGAAAAGUAGAACGGAGAAGAGCAGCAGAGGAACAGCAAAGGAGGGCUGCACAAGAGGAGCAACAGAGGAGCAUUGCAGAGAAUGAACGAGAAAGAAGAGCAGAGUGGGAGCAGCAAAAGAGGGCUGCUCAGUUAGAGCAACAGAGGGGAAUUGCCGCAGAAGAGCAAAAAAGACAAGCUGCACAUGAGGAACAGAGAAGAGCAGCACAGGAGCAGCAAAGGAGGGCUGCACAGUUAAAGGAACAGAGGAGGAUUGCAGAAGAAGAGCAACGAAGAAAAGCUGCAUAUGAGGAACAGAAAAGAGCAGCAUGGGAGCAGCAAAGGAGGGCUGCACAUUUAGAGGAACAGAGGAGGAUUGCAGAAGAAGAGCAACAAAGAAAAGCUGCAUAUGAGGAAGAGAAAAGAGCAGCAUGGGAGCAGCAAAGGGGGGCUGCACAGUUAGAGGAACAGAUGAUUGCAGAAGAAGAGCAAAGAAGAAAGGCUGCACAUGAGGAAAAGAAAAGAGCAGCACAGGAGCAGCAAAGGGGGGCUGCAAAGUUAGAGGAACAGAUGAUUGCAGAAGAAGAGCAAAGAAGAAAGGCUGCACAUGAGGAAAAGAAAAGAGCAGCACAGGAGCAGCAAAGGGGGGCUGCAGAGUUAGAAGAACAGAGGAGGAUUGCAGAACAAAUGCAAAGAAGAAAAGCUGCAUAUGAGGAAAACAAAAGAGCAGCACAAGCGCAGCUAAGGAGGGCUGCACAGUUAGAAGAACAGAGGAGGAUUGCAGAAGAAGAGCAAAGAAGAAAGGCUGCAUAUGAGGAACAGAAAAGAGCAGCACAGGAGCAGCAAAGGAGGGCUGCACAGUUAGAGGAACAGAUGAGGAUUGCAGAAGAGCAAACAAGACAAGCUCCACAUAAAGAGCAACAAAGAAGAACACCAGAGGAGCAGCAUAAGAAGCUUGGAGAGGAAUCACAACAGACAGCAGCAGUACAAGAAGAAUUACAGAGAGGAGCAGAAGAGGAGCAAAUAAGUCUUGGACAAAUAAUACAGAUGAAGGAAGGUGCAUAUGAACACCACAAAGGGAAAACUGAACAGGAACACCAAAGAGCAGCAGAAAAGCAGCUAAGCAGAGCAUUGCAAAAUGAACAACAGAGGAAAGGAAUAGAAGAGAAACAAAGGAGAGCUUCACAAUUAAAACAGAGCGAAAAAGAACAUGAACAGCAAUUAAAAACUGCAGAAGAGAGGAGGCAAAGAAGAGAAUGGGAGCAACAAGAGGGAGUUGGUCAAAAGGAUGGACAAAUUACAGUUUUUCCAGAAGAACAUAAACACAGGGAAUUAUAUGACCAAAAAACAAAAUCCACACACAAUGAGCAACAGAGAACAGCCCCUGAAGAGCAACAGAGAAGAGCUGUGCAAGAGGAGAAUCAAAAGGAGGACUUAGAGGAGAACUGGAAGAGGGUUGCACAAGAAAAGCAGCAAAGGAUACCAUAUUUGAUUGAAGGGAAAAUACAAGUUAAACAGGUCAAAGAGCAAACACAAGCACAGGUUGAAAUGGAAACAAAGGGAAAACCAAGAGUGGAUGUAAAUGCUGGUUUGAUUUCAGAGAAAGAAAGCAUCAAACAGAUGCAGGAACAUAAAAUGCAGUAUCGUAUUGAAGAGACAAAGAAUGAAGGCGAAAAGGAGAAAUCUGGAAAGUUGGAAAAUGAUAAUAAAACUGCUGAAAAGGAGAAAAUCAUGAGAGAAAAUAGAUUACAAAAACAUGUCAAAGAAAGUGUUAAACCACAAGAUUUUACACCAACAAAAACAGAAUAUGACACUGAUGUUGAAAAGAUGAAAGGUGAGAAGUUAACAUCUCCAAAAGACAAAGCCAGAGACCUUCCUAUGGAGAUGGAAAAAAAAAUCUCACAGAACACGGAUGCUCUGCAGUAUUACGCAAUCACCUCAAACAACAGAGAGAAAACACCCAGGGAUAGACAGUUGUCCCCCACUUCACCAUUACAAAAUCAAAAUAAAAAACUACAAGAGCCUGAAUCAUCCAAUAACUUGUUGUACCACACUAGACCUCAAAGACCUCAAGCUGCUGCAUCCCCAGCUCCAUAUCUACCUCGUUCCAACACCUCCUCUCCUGCUCUUGGUGCCAAGCCUUUAAUGUUUAGAGUAAAGGAUAACACCAUCCGAGGUUCCUCGUUCACAAAGUCAGUGAAGCCACGUUUCCAUAAGAACUUCGGAGAGGAUUUCUUAAUGGGUUCAACGUUGGAUGGAGGAUCAGAUAAAACAGGGGAAGACCAGGAAAUACUUAGACAAAAUCGAGGGACCCCAAUUAAUCGCUUUGCUGCUAUCAAUGACUCAGCAACUGCUCUGCUGUCUUCAUCACAGGAUAACUCAAACUCUUUGCAUCAUCUUAGACCAUAUUCUAGGAGAAGUAUGGCAAUGGAUGAUGAUGAAUCCCGCUCUGUCAUUAGUAAUAUGUCAGAAGAUGUGGAAAGCUUUGCUACCAGUGCAGCUGAUCUGACCGACAUGCAAGGCCUGUUUGACUUUGACAGACCGGAAUCAGCUUGCAGCUUCAGCAGUGAUAUUUCUCGUUCUAUGGGCAAACCUCCAGCUGUUCCACCAAAAAGUGAAAAGGCCUUGCGCAGAGCUCAAAGGUUAACCUCUAGAAGAAUAAAGAAAGAACUCUCAAAGGUGGCAGCAGAAACUCCUCUGAGAGUUGGGAAAGACGAUUCCAGGUUUCCUUCUUCAUCCCAAUCAUCCAAUGAGGUAUGCUCCUCCAACUACCAUGCUGUGGCUUCUCCCCACUUUACUCCACCUGUUGCUGUUGCUCUUGCCCCAGCUCCAGCUCUUGGGUCUAGCUUGCAUUCUUCUCAUAAAGAUCACAAAUCCUCUCAUCACUCUUUUCAUGCCUCUCCUCAUGCCACUGACCCCAUAUCUAUUCCCAGUUCCUUGUCUCAUGCUGGCUCUGCAGUAUCUCUUAAUGCUUCUAGUACUGCUUCCAAACCUGUUGCCCUUCAAACAGUUGCUCAUGUGUCUUCUUCUCCAGCUCUCCAUCACGUCAAUCUCCCGGCCACCUCAGUGACACAAUACCAUGUUGAGUCAGCCAAUUAUCCUCAAUCCUAUCCAUUGACGCAGCGCAAGGUUCUACAAGACCCGGGAUCGGGUCAGUACUUUGUUGUGGAUGUUCCUGUUCAAGUAAAAACAAAGACUUUCUUUGACCCAGAGACAGGAAAAUAUGUUCAACUGAAAGUACGCCAGACUGGUCUAAACAUUUCUCAACCCCAGCUUCAACAAACCUACCAACAGCCUCAAAUCCAACCACAAAUACAUAUAAGGCAACAAAAACAGCCCCUAUCUAUUAACAGUAAGCCAUUCAGUCUAUAUCAAGACAAUAAUGGCACUUCCCAAAACUACCAGACAGCAGUUGUCAACUCUGUGCUCCCGAGCAACACAUCAGUCCUAGCAACUCAACAGGUCUUAAGGCAAAACCACAGCUACGGAAAUCCUGAAGUAGAUCAGAACUCUGCUGGGCAUCGCUACAGUCCAGAGAAGACACCAUACAUGGACACGGUUAAUGACGUCACCAAAACAUACAAUUUGGCCAACAGCACAGAGGACACAUGCAAUCCUUCGAUCCAGUGCGACAGCCAGCUUGAUAAAAGUUCUGUUUGUGAGAACGACCACUCAGCUAAUUCAGAAUAUCAGUCCCGCCACAUCAUAGCCAUAAGUGAGUUAGAAGAUUUCAUGGAGGUGUCUGACUGGUGACAGCAAAAAAUGACAUAGAUUUUAAAAUCUAUUUGCCAAAAUGAUAAAUGAAACAAUGUAUAAAUGAAGAUACAUAUUUAGAACAACCUCCUUAGUUGAAACAAAUCUUGUUUUUGACUAAAGUUGUCAUGGUGACAUGCUCUUAAACUGCUGAUGAUGUCUUUUUCAGAGAUUAGAUGUUCUAUUCUAUAUUUAUUAUCCUAUAUUUAUUGUUACCAUUCCACUUGACUUUGAAUGUCAGAAGCAAACAUAUGUCUCCUGGAAUUACAGAAUCAUCCAUAUCUCAUUUCCUCAUGCGGUAAACAUACCUUAUAUAUACAAAUUGCAAACCCCCUUUUGUGAAAUGCUUUUGUCCUUGUAAGAAAAUGCAUUUGUACGGCAUUAUAAACAAUGAAUGGACUGAUUUACUUUCCUGUUGUAAAAGCCUUGUAAUGCAUGAAAUAUUAACUCUUUAAAGCCAAACAUUUACAAAUGGUAUACAACAACUUUUUUUGUGCAGCAACAGUGUCAAAAUAAACAUGGUGACAUGCUAGUGAUGAGGUGUUGCUGUUUUAAAAGUUAUACAGUAGUCUAUUUUUGAAAGAUGGAUGUUUCUAGGAGUGCUUUUGUGUUGCUGUGAAUGUAGCAUGUCAGGGACUUUUUUAGACAACAAAAACACCUAUUUCCCAUCAUGUGGAUGUUGAAAUGUUUCUUUUGAGGGUUUAAAAUAAUAAUAAAAGAAUCUGGAGGAUUUCUGAAAUAGAUGUAUUUUAUUUUUACAAUUUUGUUUUUUUCAUAAGUGAAAGCCUGUAUAUGUAAAGCUUUUGAUGAUGGUUUGUAAGUUGUUUAAGUCCUACUUUUUGAUGGAUGGCUGGCUGGUGGAGGAGUCUGCAUGUGUGACAGGAGUCAUUGGCUUAAUUGGAAUACCUUUCAUCUUUUGCAGGGUCAACAGUUAGAACUCUAUCCAGGGUAGGACAGGAGCUCUUGAACUGCUGUGCUGAAUCCAUACAAGCUUCAGCCUUACAGAGGUCAUUAAGCAGCAGAUGUUAACAUAACUGACACGGGUCAAAAUCGGACUACACCCUUAUAAAAAAGAACUACAAAAAGCUACAUAAAUAUAAAAAAAAAUGACUGAAAUGUCUCGUUAUAAAACCCAAAAUAUAUGAAAAUUUAUGAAUUGGCUUGUGUCACACGUAUUACAUGUGAGAAGAUAACGUUUUUGUUAAACUCUUUGAGGUAGGCUAUGCUGAUGCAAUCUGUCUCAUAAUGGAUUGUGUGAAUCUGUAAGGUUCUUAGUAGUGAACAGGGACAAUAGGAGUUCCCUAUGCUGAUGUAUUCUCGCAAGAAAGCCUAGUGCUUCAUCCUGCUUGCUCCUUCCUAGCUGCAUGCACUAUUUGGAUAACACUUAUUAUUGUGACUGAGGACCCACUCCCACUGUGGCUUAAGUGUCAUUGCCAGUCUUGAAUUUCAUCCAUUGUCCACUACAGUUAUCCCUACCAGACGAUUUGUUGUUUCUUUGUUGACGUGAUUCACCACCUUCAGGACAAGUAGUUCCCUUCCCAAACUGAGGGUGGCUGUAGUGAUACUCUCAAGUGGAAUGUCAUAACAAAUUUGACAUUUUACCAGUUAGUCCAACCAUUAACUGACAACUAAACACAGCAUUAAAUACUCACAUCAAUGUACUAACAUUAAAGAAGAAAAAUACAAAAUUAAUUUCUUUUGUG